CACAUGGCCUCCUCCUCCUCCUCCACCUUCAACUAUCUGCAGCAAAAGCACCAACCUUUUCCCUUCACUCUCUGUAAGUAUCCUUGCACUCUCAAUGUUUUUAACUUCCAUUACUCAACCCGUUUUCUAAUUUUCUCACCUCCCAAACAACUUCUUCUAGUUAGAGAAAAUGUUAGCCGUGUUGUUGCUGCAAAGUUGUCUGCCACAGACCAUGAACCAUCAUACACAAAAACCAUAAAUUCGAGAACUUUUAAAGAAAACAGAAUUGUGUUUCCUAAAAAAUCUGGGAAAAAGUAUGUUAGUUCAGUGGCGGAGGAAAAAAGGAUAGAAAAUAAUGGUAUUAAGUUCACCAAGGGAAAAACUACGAAGAGAGAACAGAAUUCAAGAAAGCUGAGGGAAAUGGGUGAUGGGAAUUCUUCUGUGAUGUCUACAGAUAAGAAUAUGGCGGUGAAAUCUUUGGGGAGUACGGAAAGUAAAGUUAGGAAUGUGAAAAGCCGAAAGCAGAUGGGGGAAGAGAGAGAGAAGGGAAAAGGGUCUAAGAAAAGUAAGACAGAUUCUCAAGAAGUUCGGUUGAGAGUUGGAUUGGAUAUGUGCUCAAAGAGAGGAGAUGUCAUGAGCGCAAUUGAGUUCUAUGAUUUGGCUCAAAGAGAAGGAAUCAAGCUUGGGCAGUACCAUUAUACUGUGUUAUUAUAUCUUUGUUCUUCUGCUGCUGUUGGUGUUGUUCGCCCCGCUAAAAGUGGGAGCGGCUCUCGGACUUUGAAUGAUUUAGACUCGUCCGAUGAAGUGUCCACUUUGAGCUCUGUGGAUUUGGAUAAAUCUAGGAUGAGUUCGGAUGGUAGGGAGUUGGAUGAAUCGGUUUCUGACAAUGGAUAUCUGAUUGAGAGUAGUAGAAGUGGUGGGACCGGUGACAAUGUUGAGUUAAAUUCUAGUAAUAGGAGAGAUGUCAAUUUUGAUGGUACUUUCAGUGAGAAGGAGAAGCUGAACUGGUUUUCUAAUGGGUUUGUGAAGCGAAAUUACCGAGUCCUGGAUGGACUUAGUAAGCCUGCAGAAAGUGAUGAAGAUUCUUCAGAUGAGAAAGAUGGAAACAAGAACCAAGAAGAUCAAAAGAUACGGGUCGAUGAAGAUUUAAAGGAAUAUGCGCGCCAGAGGGGAUUUGAAAUCUAUGAGAAGAUGCGCCUGGAUAACAUCCCGAUGAAUGAAGCGGCGUUGACUUCUGUGGCCAGAAUGGCAAUGUCAAUGGGUAAUGGGAACAUGGCAUUUGACAUGGUGAAGCAAAUGAAGUCACUCGGGAUAAAUCCAAGGUUGCGUUCCUACGGUCCUGCUUUGUCCGCCUUCUGUAGCAGUGGAGAUAUUGAUAAAGCAUUUGAUGUCGAGGAACAUAUGUUGGAGCAUGGUGUCUAUCCAGAAGAGCCUGAAUUGCAGGCCCUUUUGAGAGUUAGUGUAGGAGUGGGUAAGGGUGACAAAGUGUACUAUUUGCUUCAUAAACUAAGAGCAAGUGUGAGAAAGGUCUCGCCCUUAACUGCAGAUUUGCUAGUAAGUUGGUUUAACAGCAAAGCAGCUUCAAGAGUGGGGAAAACAAAAGGGGACAAAAGAUUGAUAAAGAAGUCGAUUCUUAAUGGAGGCGGAGGAUGGCACGGCCAGGGCUGGUUGGGAAGGGGAAAGUGGUCUGUGUUGCGAACAACUGUUGGAGCUGAAGGGCUGUGCAAAUGCUGUGGGGAGAAAUUGGCUAUUAUUGACCUUGAUCCGAAAGAAACAGAGAACUUUGCCGAAUCAGUGGCUUCUAUAGCCAUAGAGAGAGAGAGGCAUUCAAGCUUUCAGAAAUUUCAAAAAUGGCUCGAUUAUUAUGGUCCUUUUGAAGCAGUUGUUGAUGGAGCAAAUGUUGGACUUUUCAGCCAGAAGAGAUUCAUGCCAUCCAAGAUCAAUGCUGUUUCUAAUGGUAUAAGACCGAAGCUUCCCUCAAAGAAAUGGCCACUCAUUGUUUUGCAUAACAGACGUAUAACUGGACCUAAGAUGGAUGAACCAUUCAACAGGGCAUUGAUCGACAAGUGGCGAAAUGCUGAUGCAAUCUACGCAACACCUACUGGGUCGAACGACGAUUGGUAUUGGUUAUAUGCAGCUAUAAAGUUCAAGUGCUUAAUCGUGACGAACGACGAGAUGAGAGACCAUACGUUUCAACUUCUUGGAAAUGAUUUCUUCCCCAGAUGGAAAGAAAGACACCAAGUUCGUUUUAGUUUUUCUGAUGCUGGUCCAGAAUUUCAUAUGCCACCUCCUUGUUCUGUUGUAAUCCAAGAAUCAGAGAAAGGCCACUGGCAUAUACCUAUUUCAUCAGAACAUGAAUAUGACAUAGAGAGACCUUGGUUGUGUAUCAUGCGUGCCAAAUCACGUGUGACCAGACAAGAUACUAAAACUAGAUCUGAAGCUGUGGAAACAAAGACCAAGCCAAAGCCAUCCAACAAUGGCAACCCCAAAAGCACAAGUCCUCCAUCAGAGGAAAUCUACAAGCAUCUCAGAGAUAUUUUGUCGGGGUCAACGAUCUCGGAUGAUCACUCAAUCCUACCAGCAAUAGAGCUUGCAGAGAAGGUUGGUGGAUGUACCAUUGAUUUUCAGAUAUAAAGGGCCACGGGAAUAUCUUCUUCAGUCCCACAAGGACCAAGAGCCUUUUUUUCACGUCGUUUCCUAAAAGUUGCUUUUGGCUUCCCGAGCCAGUGAAUUUCUAGAUGUAAUCCCUUCAGUGGUUGAGAAAAGCUGAUGCAUCUCUCCUUUUUUUUUUUUUUUUUUUUUAGGAGCACUAAUUUAUG